AUGUAACUUAGAAGUGGAAAACUUAAGAAACCUCCUGCUAGAAUAUGCAUGUCUUCAUAUCAAGUAUUUUAUGCUGAAAAGGCUGCCUAAAUGAAAGAAGAUGGGAAGAUGAAAGGCAAAGAAAUUCAAAUGAAAAUCAGGGACAUGUGGAGAUAAAUGAAUGAAGAGGAGAAAAAUAAAUAUGAUGAUGAAUUUGAAAAAAUGGAGGCAAAGUAUAAAGAAGAUUUACUUUUGUAUUAUGGUGGGAAUGCAUAAGAUUUGAAAAAAUACAAAGCAUUACUGGAAAUUCCUGAAAAACCUAAGAAACCAGUAUCUGGUUGUUUAGUUUAUAUAGCAGAAAACAGAAGGUAAUAUUCAGAAGAAAAUCCUGAUUUAUCCUUUGGUUAAGUAGCAAAGGGAUUAGUUGAUAAAUAUAAUUUACUUUCAAAUAAGGAAAGAAAGAAGUAUGAUGAUGAAUUUGAUAAAAAGUUAGAAAAUUAUCAUAAAGAAUUGGAUGAAUGGUCAAAGUAUAAUAUAUGUAAAUACUUAAUUAGAAAGUAUUCAGAAAAGAGAGAACAAUUUGAUUAAUUGAUAGAGGAGAAGUUUAAAAGAUCUGCUACAAGACAAGAUUUGUAAUAUUAGGAAUUGCCACCUUAUAAAAGAGGUCCAAGAAAAAUGAAAGAAGAUGAUGAGACUGUAUAAUAGUAAUAAGAGAUGGAACAUUAAAAGAAAAAGGAUGACAAAAAGAAAGAAGAAAAGAAUAAGUAUUAAUUAAUAAUAUAAUAAAAUAGUAAAGAAUAAAAUAGUUAAAUAGGAAUCAAAAAUGGAAAAGAUGA